CAAGCCAUGAAAUGCUCUGCCAUUUUCUUUCUCGCUGCAGUGCGGCGCGGCACGGACGCGAGCGAAAGAAUAUGCUCAGAGGUUUCCAAGAUGGCGAAGAAAACGCAGGCAGAGAAAACGGCACAAAACGACGAGACCGCUAAGGGCAACGACGAUCCGAUGAACGACGAUGAGGAGCCUAACUUCAGCGAUCCCGAAGGCUUCGUCGACGAUAUCACCGACGAGGAAUUGCUUGGUGAUAUUUUGAAGCAAAAACCUUCAGAAACAGACGGGGUGGAGUCUGUAAUUGUUGUGGACAAUGUACCUCGAGUAGAACCUGACAAAUUGGAGAAACUUCAAUCCGUUAUUAAUAAAGUGUUGGGAAAAUUUGGCACGAUAGUCAACCAGUAUUAUCCGAUGAAUGAAAGCGAUGGAAAAACAAAAGGAUACAUUUUUCUGGAAUACAACAAUCAUUUGAAUGCACUUACGGCAGUUAAGUCUACUAACAAUUACAAGAUCGAUAAGUCUCAUACAUUCAAGGUUAAUCUUUUCACGGAUUUCAAAAAGUUCGAAGAUAUUCCUGAGAAUUGGGAACCGCCAAAAGCUCAACCUUUUAAGGCUGCUAGUGAUUUGCAUUAUCAUCUGCUGGAACCGGAUGCUUAUGAUCAGUUUUGUGUUCUUUGUGGUAAUGGGGCGGGUGUAUCGGUGCAGAUUUGGCAGAACUCUGCACCGGAGCCCACUCUGCUCGAAGAACGUAAUCGUUGGACAGAAACAUACGUGAAAUGGUCGCAGCUAGGCACGUAUUUAGCCACAUUUCACAAAUUGGGAGUUGCGUUGUGGGGCGGUCCUCAAUUUACUCAACAAGCUAGAUUCAGCCAGCGAGGUGUUGAAUGUAUCGAUUUUUCGCCUGGAGAACGUUAUCUAGUCACCUACACUCCGCGCACUGAUCUGGGACAGGAUCAGAAACGCUUGGUGAUUUGGGAUAUUCUGUCUGGCCAGGAAAAACGAUCCUUCUUUCCCGAUGGAUCUUCUGUUUGGCCGAUCUUCCGCUGGUCGCACGACGAUAAAUAUUUAGCGCGCAUGGGAGAAGAUGUUCUUAGUGUUUAUGAAACUCCAUCAUUUGGUCUGCUGGACAAGAAGAGUAUCAAAAUUCCAGGAAUCAGAGAUUUCAGUUGGUCUCCGACGGAUAAUGUUCUUGCUUAUUGGGUACCGGAGGACAAAGACGUGCCCGCGAGAGUAACUCUGCUCGAAAUUCCUAAUCGCAAUGAAAUACGAAAUAAGAAUCUGUUCAAUGUGGCCGAUUGCAAAAUUUUCUGGCAAAAAUCUGGUGAUUACCUGUGUGUGAAAGUCGAUCGUUUUGCUAAACGUAAAGAGAAGACAGAACAAAAAUACACAGGUAUGUCAUACAAUUUCGAGAUCUUCCACAUGCGGGAGAAACAAAUUCCCGUAGAUAGUGUGGAGAUAAAAGAGCCGAUUCACGCUUUUGCAUGGGAGCCGGUUGGUAGCAAGUUCGCCAUUAUUCACGGGGAAAUACCCAGCGUGAAUGUCAGCUUUUACGAAGUACGAUACGGUCAUCAACCUGCUCUUCUUAAGAGAUUAGAGAAGAAAGCGUGCAAUCACUUAUUCUGGUCGCCAUCGGGUCAGUUCAUCGUCCUUGCUGGUCUGACGACGAUGGCUGGUGCUCUGGAGUUCAUCGAUACGAACGAUUUCACUAUUAUGAACUCUACUGAUCACUAUCAGACUUCUGACGUGGAAUGGGACCCUACUGGCAGAUAUGUCGUCACGGCAGUAUCCAGCUGGAAGACCAGCGUUGACAACGGUUACUGGAUAUGGACAUUCCAGGGCCGUAUUUUGAAGAGAGUCAAUCUGAACGCAUUCAACCAGCUGUUGUGGCGACCACGACCACCGACUCUACUCACUGCGGAGCAGAUCAAAGAAAUCAAGAAGAAUUUGAAGAAGUACUCGGCGCAGUUCGAGAGCAAAGAUCGCAUGCGAUUGACGCGUGCCUCAAAGGAAUUGAUCGAGAAACGCUGUUUAUUGAUGAAGGCAUUCGAAGAGUACCGUACGAAACGGAUCGACGAAUGGAACAAUCAGAAAAAGCGUCGUCUCGAAUUACGUUGCAAUAUUGAUACUGAUGAAUUGGAUUCGGAUUCGAAGAAUGUGGAGGAAGAAGUCGUCGAAUUUUUUGUCAAAGAGGAAACAUUCGUACUCGACGACAAAUAAACUCUCUUCCUCAGACAGUUGUUAAUUGCCGCGCCGAUUGCCGGUCUUGGAAAUCUCUAAGUGUGAAAAUAGCGGUUUACUCCCAUCUCGCAAAGUGUUGCGAUAUUUAUUGGUGCAACGAUUGAAUAUCGUUGCAAUUUAUCUUAAUCCGUGAAUAAGUGGUAACAGACAAUCAAUCAUGUAUUACUGCUAUUGCUACUUUUACUGUUACUUCUUCAUUCAAAUUAGAACACUUUUCGUGUAUCCGGUGUUGCACAAGAAGCGCCGACAUUGUAAUAAUAUUAAAUUUUAUCACAUCCCCUACAGGAUAGUUCGCGAGAAAAUAAUUGUGUCAUCAAUUUCAGAACUUCCUUUGCCGGCAAACUUACAAAAUAAAACGCUAAUUUAUUACUUAGGAAA